AUGUCACAUUUUACUCUGACUACGCCAAAUGUUGCUCGAGCUGGGGAGACUAUUGAGCGCGUGUACAACGCCAGGUUCAACGAGGACAAGACACUUUAUCAGCUUCCUGGGGGUGACGAUCCUACAUUGAGCAUCGUCAGGGCGCCCGCAGGAACCGGCCCUGGUGACAUUGGCCUUUCAAUGCGGUUCUCCGUCUACAACUUGGCGAGGGCUCGUGCAAUGCUGGAGGCUGACGGGGUCGCCUUCCACCAAGUCAAACUUGAGGAUGGCUCAAAUGAGCUUGUUCUCAAACGUGAGGAGGCGGGAUAUCCAAUAAGUCUUGCACAGGCCCCUGCUCGGGAGUCCUCCAACAGUGCCUUCUCCAACUCCUCCGAGGCGCUGAAGUCGGUUGCUGGGUUAGCCUACCAGCUCGAUCAUUAUGCUGCCAUCAUGCCAGACGCCACCAAGAUGAAGAGCUUUCACGAAAAUAUGAUGGGUUUCACACACUUGCGGACUUUCACGGUCAACGCCGGUUCCGUUACCAACGGGGAAGACGACGGCUUGAUGCAUGUGAUGGGAUUGCCGUUUGAUACCAAGCGGGUCCUGAUUCUCACCGAGGGACUGAAUCAGGAUGCUGUAUUCACGAAGCUCAUCAACAAGCAUUGUGGUGCUUACGUUCACCAUAUCGCUCUUGAGAUAGAAGACGUUGAUGCUGUGUUUGCAGAGGUCAGGGAACAGGGUUGGCAGACAACAGCAGAUGCGCCCAGUACAGACCUGGCUACAGGGCUUCGGCAAUUCUUCCUGAAGGAGGAAGAGAUCGGGUGUAUCUUGGAGUUGAUUGGCAGAGGUGAAAAGGAUGAAGCUCUGGCUGGAGCUGAAGGCGUGGAGGAUGCAGCUGGUGCUGGCGGCUAUGCCACUGGGCAAGGAGAGUUUCGUACGGACAAUAUUGUGGCCUUAGCUAGAUCCCUAGACGCCUGA